AUGUCCUUCUUCUGGAAAUGGGCCCGAGGCCAGUGGUCGACUCUCCCUUACCCUGACCAGGACUGCACCGGCUGGACCGUCAUCAUCACGGGCGCCAACUCUGGUCUCGGCCUGGAAGCGGCCCGACACUUUGUGCGUCUCAACGCUACCAAGGUGAUCCUUGCCUGUCGCAGCGUCGAGAGAGGCGAGGCGGCGCUGCGGGAAAUCGAAAAGUCCCCGGAACACCAUGGCGCAGCGGAAGUCUGGCAGCUGGAUCUGGGGUCCGUCGAGAGUGUCAAGGAGUUUGCCGCGAGGGCCUCCAAGCUGGACAGGCUGGACGUGCUGCUUAACAAUGCCAGCAUCCUCACCCGCGACUGGGCCGUGCUGGAGGGACACGAGAGCAUGAUGACGGUCAACGUCAUCUCUACCCUUUUUCUCACCGUCCUGCUGCUACCGGCACUUCGCCGAACGGCCAUCCGGUUCAACGUGGUGCCGCACGUCACGACCGUCUCUUCGGAUGCCGCCUUCAUGCCGUUCUUCCCGGAGAAGAGAGCAGAGCACACGCUCGAUGCUCUCAAGGUUCACAAGAACUUUUCGGAGCGUUACAACACCACCAAGCUGCUCCAGCUCAUGAUGAUGCGCAAGCUUGCCGAGUCAUCCGACGCCUCGGGCAAGGGGCACGUCAUCGUGAACGCGCUGAACCCGGGACUCUGCAAAACGCAGCUCUUCCGCCACUGCGAGGCCUUCCCGCUGAGUUGGGCCAUCUGGCUCGCCUUUGUCGUCUUUGGACGCGAUGCCGAAAUGGGUUCGCGAACCCUCAUGUCGGCAGCACUGGCGGGCGAGGAGACGCACGGAAAGUGGAUGUCGGACUGCGAGCUGCAGGUAUGGCCCAAGGUGAUGGAGGGUGCGGAUGGCGCCAUCUUGAUGGAUAAAAUUUGGCGCGAGCUGGCUGAUGCUCUCGAGGCGCUUCAACCUGGGGUCAUGGAGAAUGUCUGA